AUGACCGACCCCACAACAGCCAGGGAGGCCUGUGUCCAGCCAUGUGGGGGGCCAUCCGCUCCACCCCGUCGCCGCCGCUCCUUUCGCCGUCUUCUCGGCCGCUUUCUCCGAGUUCUGGGCGUCCUCCCCAGCUCUGGGGUCUCCUCACCGGAGACCCAACCUGGCGUGAAUCAGAGCGGUACUGGCCGUGGCAGCAACAGUAGCGAAGGCUUUGGGGACUCAGCCAGGUCAGCCAACGAGGUCUCCAGGGAGGCUGGGGUCGCGCGCCUUCCCCAACCCCCUCCUGGAGACAAGGCGCGCCCCCCUGGCACUCAGGGCUUGAAGAACCACGGUAACACCUGCUUCAUGAAUGCGGUGGUGCAGUGCCUCAGUAAUACCGACUUGCUGGCGGAGUUCUUAGCGUUAGGGCAUUACCAGGCAUGGCCUGGCCGAGCGGAGGUCACGGAGCAGCUGGCAGGGCUGGUGCGGUCGCUCUGGACACAGGACUACACCCCACACCUCUCGGUGGAGUUCAAGAACACGGUUUCUAAGUAUGGCUCUCAGUUCCAAGGUAAUUCACAGCAUGAUGCCUUGGAAUUUCUCCUCUGGCUUUUGGAUCGUGUACAUGAAGAUUUGGACAGUUCAUCUUCUGGGCAGACAUCUGAAAAGCCUCAGCCAGAACCCAGCAAAAAUUUGGUACAAACUCUAUCAUCAAAUCAGCCUUCUCAAAGACAGAGUUUUGUUCAGAAUCACUUUCAAGCCCAGUAUAGGUCUUCGUUGACCUGUCCUCAUUGCCAAAAACAGAGCAAUACCUUCGAUCCUUUCCUUUGUGUAUCGCUACCAAUUCCAUCAUGUCAGACCAGAUCCUUAAAUGUCACAUUGGUUUUCCAGUCCAAGAGUCAGAUGUUCUUGCGGAUUGGUUUGGCAGUACCACUUUUCAGCACAGUGGCAACCCUGAGAAAGAUGAUAGCAGAAGAAGGCAAAAUUUCAGCUAAUGAGGUGGUUUUGGUUGAGUUGCAUCCCAGUGGAUUCCAGCGUUCUUUCUUUGAUGAAGAGGAUCUGAAUUGCAUUUCAGAUGGAGACAAUGUAUAUGCUUUCCAAGCCCCUCUUUCACCUAUAUGGGGAGUCCCUGCCUCAUUUUCAGAUUGUCCCUCCAAAAUUCAGUUCAACAAACACAAAGGCCAGAGCCUUCCACAGACAUCUACUUUAUCAACUGAAUCUUUGACAUCUGGAAGUGGGAGCAAAGUGCUAAUUCUACUCUGUAACUUGGUGGGGUCAGGACACAAGGCUAAAAGAUUUGGUCCACCUUUACUAAUGAGGGAAGACAGAGCCAUAUCCUGGGACCAGUUCCAACAACAGGUCUUCAGUACAAUUCAGUGUCUAAUGAAAAAAGAGGUGUCUUUGCAGCAGAGUUUGGGGUCAUUGUUUGCUGUCCGUGUUGUAGGAUUAUCCAACGUGUGCAGCUACUUGUCUCCACAGGAUGGCAGACCCCUCUUUCAUUGGGCUGUUGAAAGGUCUUUGAAGCUCAGUAGGCCAGGAGGCCCCCCACAUAUCAAGCUGGCAAUAGAAUGGGAUAAGACAACCAAAGAGCUCUUUUUUGGAAAUAUUCAGGAGGAAGUAGUACAAGAUGCCCCAAGUGUUCAACUCCAGCAGCAGGCCCAUCUGCAGCCCAGCUGUACCCUAAAUGAGUGCUUUCAACUAUAUACUAAGGAGGAACAGUUGGCUCCUGAUGAUGCAUGGAAAUGCCCCCAUUGCAAGAUCCUCCAACAAGGGAUGGUGAAACUGAGUUUGUGGACAUUGCCUGAUAUUCUCAUCAUUCACCUUAAAAGAUUCUGUCAAGUUGGGGAGAGAAGAAACAAGCUCUCCACUCUGGUGAAGUUUCCUCUCUUUGGCCUCAACAUGGCUCCCCAUGUAGCCAAGAGAAGUCUUGGUCAGGAGCACCUGAUGAAUUCUUGGCCAUCUUGGGAACAGGCUUCUUGCCUACCUAAUAAUUGUUCAUUUGACUUCUUGUAUGACUUGUACGCUGUCUGUAACCAUCAUGGUAGUAUGCAAGGUGGGCAUUAUACAGCCUAUUGCAGAAAUUCACUGGAUGGCCAAUGGUAUAGUUAUGAUGACAGCACAGUAGAGCCUGUUUCAGAAGAGGAGGUCAGCACCCGAGGAGCCUACAUUCUAUUUUAUCAGAAAAGAAACAUCAUCCCUGACUGGUCAGCCAGCAGCUCAAUGAGAGGUUCCAUGAGCUCUUCCAUGUCUGAUCACUGGCUUAUGAGGCUUAGGAGUAACAAUAGCAGCCAAAGAAAAAGCCUCGUGUCUUGGAAUUCUGCAAACUUUGACUCCAUUUCCAAGAUACCUGAUUCUCCCGUCUUCUCCAAAGCCUCUACCAGAGAGGAAAAAGGAGAGUCUGAGUCAAAGCUUUUUGUGCGAAACAAUCGAGGCAGAAGCUGCAGUAUGAAGGAACCUGCCACUUCUAAAAGAAACCAACAUGGGGCUUUUAAGACCAUGCCCCUCAGGUGGUCUUUGGGAGUCAAAGAUAGAACAAAGCAUCAGUCAGCUGAGUUGGUGGAAUAUUUAGAAUCUGGACGAAGACCCAAGUGCACUAAUCGCUCAAUCAUUCCAGUGAUGAUGACCGGUGCUGUUAAGGAGGCAGAUGUUUCAGCAUCAAUACAAUCAAAUAUAAGAGAUUUUACAGAUGAUGAAUGGGAUAGCAAGGGGACAGGUGGGAAGGUGCAGGGUACUAUGAUGAACCCUUCUAAUAAUCUUAAAAAACAGUACCUAACUACUGGCAAUAUUGAUUCUCUAAAAAGAACCAAGAAACUGAAAGAAAGCCUGAGUCAAGAGAUGAGGCUUCCCCCAAAACUUGAUGUUCCUCUGACUGUGCCAAAAUCAGCCGGGACUGAAGAGCCAACUUGGGCAAAGAGCAAUUCAAGCAAACCAAACUGUAAUGGAAACAACCAUAUGAGUAACAGUUUACCAUAUCCCAAGGAUUUUCUGAAUGUCAGAAAUUUCUCUGGGGUGAAUAGAGAUAAUAAUGAAAGACGCUCAGCCAAGUUUUGGACUAAAACACAGGAAAGAAAUCUUGAGUCAGAACUGCUCCAACAAAGCAAGUUUUCCUUUCUCAGAUCCGUUGUUUUGAAGAAAGAGCCCAAGAAGAAGGGUAAUAAUUCAGAGAUUUCUAUCAGUUCUUCUUUCACCUCCCCAUCAAGUAGCAAAUGGAGCAAUACAGAUAAAGAACAAGGGAAUAAGAUGUCACCUUGCAGACAUAAAGAAAUCCUGACAAAGGAUGGGGUGAGCCUCUCAGAAAAGGGUGUCAGUCAAGCCCAUAGCUCCUUCAGGCUCCCCAAACAAGUGAACUGGUUCCAAAGAGCUAGCGUCUCUUAUCCAUUGCACAGGCAGGUGCCUGAAGGACAGACUUCUAAUGGUGCCUUUCAAAGAGUGAAAUACCACACUAUUGCCUUAGGUCAGAAAAAAAUAGUCCCUGAGUCCAGUUUGUGACAAGAGUUGUAAUGUUAUGGGGUUUUUGUAUAAUAUGAACUGUUUGGGGAAGCAAAUUAUUUUAUAUCACUAUAAUUAAAUCAAGUUAUUGAUUUGAACUGGGCCUUCAAGAUAGAAUUUGAACAACAAAGAAUACCACUGAAUAUCUAGUGUGAGGUUUAGAGAGAAAAAGACCUGUAUUCAAAUCUGCCCACAGAUACUUUCUAGCUCUGUGACCCUGGGCAAGUCACUUGACCCUGACUGCCUAGCCCUUGCCCCUUAGUAUUAGAGUUGUUAGUAGGACAAAAGAUAAGAAUUUUAAAAAGAAGAAUAUGAUGAGGAUUAGGGAAGCACCUUUUCAAACCAAAUCCCCCAUUUUAAGGUGUCUGACAGGAUGCCUUCAUUUCCUCACACCACAAGGGGGCUGUAUAGGACAGCAGAUAGUAUAGUAAUUUUUUUUCUUUUAUGACAAUACCUUGCACAAUAAUCCCAAAUGUUUAGGAAUAUAAUUUUAAGGGUGCUACUCUCAGUUUUCCUCUUUUUUUUUGUAAAUCUUUUAAACAAGUAGACAUAUCAAGGAACAUUUCUUGCUUUUUUAAUGUUAUACUGGGAUACAAGGCAACACUGAAAUGAGUCUGGGAGAGGUUGGAGAGAAAUGAUAUUAAAGAAUGUUUAAUAUAUAAAAAAUUUAUUAAAUCAUUUGAGCCUACUAUUUAGAAAACUAUUUUGGUAUUAGGAAAAACAGUCUUAUAUUUUUACUUUCACAAUAAAAUCUAUGGACGAUGUUAUUUAAAACUGUCUCAAUGAAUCAUGAGAAGAGCCCAUUUGGUGUAUUUAUAUGAGCUAAUAGGUAUUGAUCUUGUUUUGAGUGUAUACAUAAAUCAUUGCCCAUAUCUGGCAAGUAUCUGUGUGAAUUUUUUCUGGGAUUUGACAAUGCUAUUUCUUAAGAAGCAAGGUACCAAAUAAUUUCUGUUUUUCUGAAGGUGGUCUAGGCUGUGUCUGAUCAUUAACAUAUGAGUUAUUUUGGUUCCCCUGAGAAUUUUCUUGGGUGGGUCAUACACUCUCGCCCAGCAAGUUCCCACAGAGUUUCCACACUUUCCAAGACGGCUUAUCAACUCAAAUUAGGAGCAACCAAAUGGUAAUCCCAGGGAACCUAGGAAUUUAAUGCAAAGUCUUAAGGGAAAUGGGAAAUUUUUAAUGGCACUUAUCUAAUGGGUUUGCUUUUUGUCCAUACUAUGCCCCUAAGAACCUUCUUCUUCUUAUACGUAUAAUAUGACUACAACAUGCCUUUGAAAAAAAUUUUUUCAGUGUGGGUUUAAAAGCAAUAUCUUCCUUCAUUAGGAGGGAUCAUCAACUUCCAGGUAAGCAUGGCGGCAAUCUAAACACAGCUUACUUACUCUCCCCUGCACACACCGACAAGGACUACCCCGAAAGACCUUAAGAAUCAUUGGCUAACAUGACAGCUAUGGAAAGUAAUGAAUGCUGGAGGGGAUGCAGCAAAGUAGGGACACUAAUUCAUUGCUGGUGGAGUUUUGAAUUGAUCCAACCAUUCUGGAGGGCAAUUUGGAACUAUGCCCAA